AUGCCGGGCAACAAGACUCUCAUCUUCAAGUCCGUCCCCGAGGGCUUCCCCGUCCCCGGGAAGGACCUUGCGGUCGAGGACCGCGACUUCGACCAGGCCGCCCCCGCCCCCAAGGGCGGCAUCACUGUCGAGAUCCUGUCGGCGUCGUACGACCCGUACCUGCGCGGCAAGAUGCGCCCGGCGCACAUCGAGAGCUACGCCCCGGCCUUUGAGAUCAACGGACCCAUCGUCAACACCACCGCGGGCCGCGUGCUCAAGUCGGAGAACUCUGAGUACCAGGCCGGCGACCUCGUGCUGGCCUUCACGCCCCUGGCUCAGUACGCCGUGAUCCCGGACCCGGCCAAGGCCUUUGUGCGCAAGAUCCAGAACCCGCACGGCCUGGACACGGACCUGUUCCUGGGCCCGCUGGGCAUGCCCGGCCUGACGGCGUGGUCCGGCCUGUACAAGAUCGGCAAGCCCAAGAAGGGCGAGACCAUCUUCAUCAGCUCGGCCGCAGGCGCCGUCGGCCAGGUCGUCGGCCAGGUCGCCAAGCACGAGGGCCUGACGGUCAUCGGCUCCGUCGGCUCGGACGAGAAGCUCGACUUCAUCACCAAGGACCUCGGCUUCGACUCGGGCUUCAACUACAAGAAGGAGAAGCCGGCCGAUGCGCUGAAGCGCCUGGCCCCUAACGGUAUUGACAUCUACUUUGAGAACGUCGGUGGCGAGCACCUCGAGGCCGCCCUUGAGGCCAUCAACAAGAACGGACGUAUCCCUGUCUGCGGAAUGAUUGGUGACUACAACACCCCCGUGGAGAAGAGACACGGCAUCAAGAACUCCUUCCACCUGGUCGCCAAGACCCUGGAGGUGAUCGGCUUCCUGGUCGGCAAGCCCGGCUUCGGCGACGUCUACUACAAGGAGCACCAGGAGACGAUGCAGAAGUGGCUGGCCGAGGGCAGCUUCAAGCCCAAGCUGCACGUGACCGAGGGCAUCGACAACGCCGCCGAGGGCUUUGUUGGCAUGCUGCGCGGAGACAACUUCGGCAAGGCCGUCCUGAAGAUCAAGUCGCUGUAA